AUUUGUGUCUUUGUUAUUUUUUUUAGAGCUUACAGAUUUCCUUGAAGCUAAAAUAAAAUCUAUUCUGCAUUGCAGUACUGAUAUUGAGUAGUAUUGGGAUAUUAGUUAUAAGCAAUGAGUGUUGACUGGGCCAAGGCGUCAGAGGAGCAGGAGGCUGAGGAGCUUGCUUCCAAGGUGCUGAACUUAGGCCUUUCCAAAGAUGCAUCUAAACCACCUCCAAGUGUGCCAUUCACUUCAGUUCCACCACCUUCCAGUGCACCUCCUUCAUUCUUGUCCAGUCCCCCUCCUCCACUAAAUUGUGCUCCUCCAUCUGCUGGAAGUCCUCUUCCACCUAAGCUUCCUACAGGAGCUACCUUGCAAAGUUCCGAGGAAGAUUCUGCUCCCUCUGCAGCCGAGGUGUCACUCAUGCGCAAGGUUCUGUGUAAAGGUAUUGUGGAGAGUAAAAAUGAUGUUGAGGUUCUCAGAAAAGAUCCCAACUCUCCUUUAUAUUCUGUAAAAACCUUUGAGGCACUGCAGCUUCGCCCUGAGUUACUGCAAGGGAUCUAUGACAUGGGCUUCAAACUUCCCUCAAAAAUACAAGAAACUACACUUCCCACUCUCCUUGCCAAUCCCCCACAGAAUUUGAUUGCACAGUCUCAAUCCGGUACUGGGAAGACAGCAGCAUUCAGCCUGGGUCUGUUGAGCCGCAUAGACCCCAGCAAGAGAUGCACACAGGCCUUGUGUUUGUCUCCUACUUAUGAGCUCGCCCUUCAGACCGCACAGACCGUCAUGGCGCUGGGGAAACAUUGCACUGACGUCACCAUCAAGUGUGCCGUCAAAGGCGAAACUCUCACCCGAGGCAGCAAGAUCACCGACCACAUCGUGAUCGGCACUCCAGGCAAGGUGCUCGACUGGCUCACUAAAGCUCGAGCGCUAUCGCUGGCUGACUGCUGCGUCUUUGUCUUGGAUGAAGCUGACGUCAUGAUCGCCACGCAGGGCCAUCAGGACCAGUCAGUACGCAUCCACAAGCAGCUGCCCAGGACGUGCCAGAUGAUGCUGUUCAGUGCGACGUAUGACGGCACGGUGAUGCAGUUCGCUGAGGCCAUUGUCCCCAACCCCGUCAUCAUGAGACUGAAAAGGGAGGAGGAGACGCUCACCAACAUCAGGCAGAUGUACGUGGAGUGUCCCACAGCAGAAGACAAGUACACGGCUAUCAGCAACAUCUACACCAUCCCUGUGGGGCAGUCCAUGUUCUUCUGCCGCACCAAGCAGACCGCCAACUGGCUGCACGCGCGCAUGGUUAAGGACGGUCAUCACGUCGCCCUUCUCACUGGAGAGUUGUCAGCAGAGGAGCGCCUGUCAGUGCUGACGAGCUACAGGGAGGGGCGCGAGCGAGUCCUUAUAUGCACCAACGUCCUGGCCAGAGGCAUCGACGUCGAGCAGGUAACAUUGGUGGUAAACUACGACCUGCCUGAGCUGAACGGGGCGGCAGACUGCGAGACAUACCUGCACAGGAUCGGCCGCACGGGCCGCUUUGGCAAGACCGGAAACGCCAUCAACAUCAUCGACGGGCCGCGCUCCAUGGAGCUGCUGCAGCAGAUACAAAAACACUUCAAUAUCGAAAUAAAGAAGUUGGACUACAAAAACUUUGAUGAAAUCGACAAACUUGCAGAAGAUUGAUGAGUCCUCAACAGCCAACAUCCGCGGUUCUGACGUCAUUCCUGAAGGCGGGUGUUCACUACCGCGGUGGAUGAAUUACUAUGGACGUAAAUUAUAACAACUGGAUUCCUGAGCCAGUUCAAUACUUUAUUACGUACAAUGUCUGAUAAAAUCAAAUUAAUUAAUUACUGUACAAAAUAAACGGGCACGUUGAAUCACAAUCGCUCGAAGUUGCUUGUAAAUCAAGCACUGUGUUGGAAAGAAGUCUGAAAAUGGUGGCACAGAUGUGACCAUUACUGAUCAACCGUUUGAGUUUAAUAUUCAUUGUAUUAUUUGACAUAACCAUUAUAUAUCAUGUGGUUGACUUAUUUAUAAAAAUGCCUGGAAAUACGUCGUGUUCUAUUUGUUGCGCUUUAGAACAAAGUAAAUGAAACUACAGUAAAUUUUUUAGUCAUUAAGAGUCUUCUUUGGCUGUGUUAGUGAUGAACGAAGGCAUUAUAAUUAAGAAUCUUUGUUUUUUGACAGCCCUCUUUACGUUAGAAAUUAAAGUCCUAAUUUUUUGUGGGUACAAUAUUCGUCCGAGUGCGAUGAAUACCGUUGGUAGUUGAGCAUAGUUGGGGCCAUACUGUCCCAGCCUCCUCGCGUUGUUGUGGCGCCCUUUUUUUCUACUGUAAACCAAAAGUUAGUAGGAAUUCUUUACUUAGCAGCAUUUGCACGAAGUUUCACUUCCAGUUGUUAAAAAUGCUGCUGGUAUCAGCGAAAGCGUAUCCUGCAUUCACCAAAUACUAUGUAGCAACCUUUAAAACGAUUUGCAUGACCGCCAUCAUGUGCAUCACUACCAUUUUAGCCGUCCACGAUAUGUGAAUGCUUUUCUAACGUGUUCUAAAUUUUCCAAGAUUGUUGUGGUUCACUGGAGAUAACUUGAGAAUUUAUAAAGAAUCUGGAGGUGCAGAAAGCGAUUUCUGUACAUUGUUGACUCCGAAAGCGCGAUAAUUUUAUAUGUGAUUCAUUGAGACAGGACAUGGAUGAUUGUUCCAAUACUAUUAAGUUAUAAAUAGUAAUUUUUUACAAAUGAAAAUUUGUUUAA